AUGACGGUCGACACACAAACGCUGGCCACCCCCGGCGGUAUUUCCGACCCUGGCCUCAUCAAGCUGGUCAACAAGCUUCAAGAUGUCUUCACCACCGUUGGUGUCAACAACCCUAUCGAUCUCCCACAAAUAGUCGUCGUAGGCAGUCAGUCGAGCGGCAAGAGUUCCGUAUUAGAAAAUAUCGUCGGUCGUGACUUUCUCCCUCGUGGUUCCGGUAUCGUCACUCGUCGACCGCUUGUACUGCAGCUUAUCAACCGGCCUGCGACGGCUGACUCUAAUGGCGUCGAUGAGAAGCUUGCCGGUAGCACCGACAAGGCCGCCAACACGGACGAGUGGGGCGAGUUCCUGCACAUCCCCGGCCAAAAGUUCUACGACUUCAACAAGAUCCGCGAGGAGAUCAACCGAGAGACCGAGGCCAAGGUGGGUCGGAAUGCCGGCAUCUCACCUGCCCCCAUCAACCUUCGCAUCUAUUCGCCCAAUGUCCUGAACCUUACCCUGGUCGAUUUGCCCGGCCUGACAAGAGUGCCCGUCGGUGAUCAGCCGCGAGAUAUCGAGAGACAGAUUCGUGACAUGAUCCUCAAGUUUAUUCAGAAGUCAAACGCCAUUAUCCUGGCCGUCUCGCCUGCCAACGUCGAUUUGGCCAACUCGGAUGGUCUCAAGUUGGCGAGGGAGGUGGACCCCGAGGGUCAGAGAACGAUCGGUGUGCUCACCAAGGUUGAUUUGAUGGACGAGGGAACUGAUGUGGUGGAUAUUCUUGCGGGCCGCAUCAUUCCCUUGAGACUUGGCUACGUCCCCGUCGUGAACCGUGGUCAAAGGGAUAUUGACAACAAGAAGCCCAUCAACGCCGCCCUCGACGCUGAAAAGGCCUUUUUCGACAACCACAAGGCUUAUCGUAACAAGAGCUCUUACUGCGGCACACCCUAUCUCGCCCGCAAGCUCAACCUUAUUCUUAUGAUGCACAUCAAGCAAACGCUUCCAGAGAUUAAGAGCCGUAUCUCAAACUCUCUUCAAAAGUACACACAGGAGCUCGAGUCCCUUGGCCCAUCGAUGCUGGGCAACAGCGCCAACAUUGUGCUGAACAUUAUCACCGAGUUUACCAACGAAUGGCGAACGGUUUUGGACGGCAACAAUACGGAGCUUUCGAGCAAUGAGCUGUCAGGCGGUGCCAGAAUCAGCUUUGUCUUCCAUGAGCUUUACUCGAACGGUAUCAAGGCGGUUGACCCCUUUGACCAUGUCAAGGAUGUCGACAUUCGCACCAUUCUCUACAACUCGUCUGGCUCCUCCCCAGCACUCUUUGUCGGCACUACAGCAUUUGAGCUUAUUGUGAAGCAACAGAUCAAGCGGUUGGAAGAGCCAAGCUUGAAGUGUGCUUCGCUGGUCUAUGACGAGCUUGUGCGCAUUCUUACGAACCUGCUUAGCAAGCAGCUCUACCGCCGCUACCCAGGACUGAAGGAGAAGAUCCACGCCGUAGUUAUCUCGUUCUUCAAGAAGGCCAUGGAGCCGACCAACAAGCUGGUGAAGGACUUGGUCGCCAUGGAAGCGUGUUACGUCAAUACGGGACACCCUGACUUCCUGAACGGCCACCGCGCUAUGGCGAUUGUCAACGAAAAGCACAACCCUUCCAGGCCUGUUCAGGUGGACCCCAAGACGGGCAAGCCUCUGGCGAACACGCCCAGAGCCGCCAGCCCAACACUUGUGGCCUCGGCGGAUGGUGAUUCCAACAACAGCGGUUUCUUUGGCAGCUUCUUUGCCGCCAAGAACAAGAAGAAGGCGGCCGCCAUGGAGCCCCCACCGCCCACUCUCAAGGCCUCUGGCACUUUGUCAGAGCGGGAGAACAUCGAGGUCGAAGUCAUCAAGCUGCUGAUUUCCUCAUACUUCAACAUUGUCAAGCGCACCAUGAUCGACAUGGUGCCAAAGGCUAUCAUGCUGAACCUUGUCAGCUUCACAAAGGAAGAAAUGCAGAAAGAGCUUCUCGAGAACAUGUACCGGCAGAGCGAGCUUGACGACCUCCUCAAGGAGAGCGACUACACGAUUCGGAGGCGGAAGGAGUGCCAGCAAAUGGUGGAAAGUCUUGGGCGGGCCAGUGAGAUUGUUAGCCAGGUUCAAUGA